UAACUGAGAUAACUAACACUUUUCUCCUUCAUUUUCUUUUCUUUUCUCCUUCGUUUUCUUUUCUUUCAAGAAAACUUAAAAUGUCUUCUGAUCAGAGAGCAGCGCUGAGAAAAUGGAUGACGGCAGAGUCUCAGGCUUUGAAUGUUCAAGCCUUUACUAACCCGGAUGUUUUGAAGAUUAGAGCAAGAGUUGCUGAAUUCAUUACUCAACAAAAUCGAAAUAAUGAUCCGUAUAAAGCCUUCAUUCGGUAUGUUGCUUUGGGGUUCUUCGACAGAUUCAUUUCAAGAGAUACAAUGCCGAAUUUCAAAAAUGGACUUGACGUUUACAAUAUUCGCUUGGUGGGAAUCUGUUGCCUUUUUAUCGCUCUGAAAAUGAGAGAUAAAACCUUGGACAUCAAAGCUUUUAUGCAAAAACGCGCUAAUUUGUAUCUGAAUGCCAAUGAUAUCAACAUGGUUGGGAGUCGGAUUCUCAAGGUUAUCGGACCGCCUACGGAUUGUGCAAAUCCACUAUUCUACAUCACGAGCUUGCUGUCUUUAGUAGGAGAACUAGACAUCAGUAACAAAUUAAAUGCCAUCAGGCUGAUAAUGAAUUCAGAAAAAGAGAUAGACAUUACACAAUUUGCUCCUUCAACAAUAGCAGCAGCAGCUAUUAUUAUGACUGUGAGCUCCAUCUCUAGUGAAAAGUUUGAGAAAUCGAUGAGCAUAUUUACAGGCAGAGAUAUCGGAAUGACUUUAAGUAUUAUAGGUGAAUGUACAAUGGCCAUCAGAGCGUCUUACGGUGGAAUGAUAAUCCCGAGUCCGAAGAGGAAGAGAAUAUCUGGAAAUGAAGAAUCAAGCUCCAAGGGAGAAGCAUCAAAAUUCACGGCAGAAGAAUCAAGCUCCAUGGAAGCAGAAUCGAGCUCCAAAACAGAAGAAUCGAGGGCAGAAGCAUCAGAAGUAUCAUCUUUAUCUCGGAAGCAAGCAAUCGUCAAAACGGAAGUAUCAAGCUCCAUGGAAGAAGCAUCAGAAGCAUCAAGUUCAAAAGCAUCAUCUUUAUUUGAGAUAAGACUUGGGAAGCAAGCAAUUGUCGGAACAGAAGCGGAGGAUAUUGACCUGACAUGGAUGAUGGAGGAAGAUGAGGAGCAGAAUACUCUAUUUCCAGCUGCAGAAGACAGGAUAAAAGCUAUAGCAACAAAAUUCUUCAUUUGCUGCAACAAGAUUGAUUCAACCUAAUGAGGGAAACUGUAUAGUCUUUGCAUAUAAUACCUCAACCAUCAUUAAAAUUCUUAUUGCCUAUAACAAAUUUUGAUUAUAUAUGACAUUUUACGGUUUUGA